UUCUGUCUGAAAAAGAAGGAAGGAACCAAGAAAGAACAACCCUAGUUCUGUGAUUCGAUUCUUCUUCCCUGUGAUUAUAGCCAGAUGGAAGGAGCAUGUUCUUUGUACCUAAAGUUAUAGUUUUGUGUGCGUGCAGCAUCGGUUCCUAGAAUCAAAGCAAGGUAGAGGCAAUGUGCAACUUCAAUGAAGAAGAAGAAGCCUGCACACCAAAACCACCACUGCAGUUAUCUCAAGGAGGAGGAGACUCAGUUUCCCUUAAGAAGCCGCAGCAAACUGCUAGAAAAAGAUGCCUCAGUGCAGGGAAACGAGUGUGUUAAGUACAUAGCUGCCAUUACCAAUCUGAUUCAGGAUAAUCAAGACAGGUUUAUGUCCGUGAGAAGAUUAAACCUUUCAUUUCAACUGCUGAAUUGAUUGAAAAAGUUCCAAAACAAGCACACAAGAGUUGUCAUUGACUCAGGCCAAACGCUUCUCUUCCCACAGAACCAAACUAUGACAAGACCUAAAGAGCCAGAGUUUGUGACAUCCCAACGAGCUCUCGUCCUUUAAAGUGGAGAGUAGUGCAGAGAUUGAUGAAGAGAUGUUGGCAGAUUUUGGGCAGCUCCAGCUUUGCCAGCGCCCACAAAGAAGCACUCCCACAUCUGAUUCCUACGGUAGAGAUCUGAUGUGAUUCAAUCAAUUUCGUUUUAAUUUCUUGGCGUGAUCUAAGGUUGAUGUAUUCGUUACACAACACCUUUGAUCGAUCUGGAUUUUGUUCUCUCCUUCUCGUCUAGUGUAGUAGAGUUCAUGUGUGAUUUUCAUUUUCUGAUUGUUGAUCGUUGUGAUGUUACAGAUGUUUGAGGAUCAGGACCUCGGAUUCUUUGCCAAUUUUCUCGGCAUUUUCAUCUUCAUAUUAGUCAUUGCUUACCAUUUCGUGGUGGCCGACCCAAAAUUUGAAUGAUGUUUUUGUAUUUUGGUUUCUUACUACAAAAUAAUUAUUAUGUGUCGGAAUCAAACAUGUCUGUAGCAUUUCCAUAGAGUCGACAUGUUUCGCUAGUAAUGUAUCUUUCACAAUGUGUUUCUUUUUUAUUAAUAGAUAAAAAACUUUUCAUCAUUCAAAUUUUUUAUCAUGCGAGUUAUUUGUUUUAGCUAUCAUACAGCUUUCUGUACAUGCACAUUCUCUUCUCUCUGCCUUAGUCGCUUGUACCACAGUUCCAACUAGUUGUUGAGACUUCAUGGUAUGAGUCAGCUUAGAUUUUGAUGCUUGUGAGUAACCACACACUUGACCUUGUGAAUUGUUAUGUCUAAAGGUAGUUUCUUCACAUUGCCAUGAUAAUUAUCCUGUUUACAGAUUUAUUUGUUUCACAUUAGCAUAAGUUUUUCUUUUUGCAUGAUGUUAUGUGCUACAUACGCAGCAUUAGCCUUUGUUUUGUGGUACUCAUUUUCUAUAUAUUGACGUCAAUCUUCCAAAGAUCAGUUUCAUUCUUGAACCUCUCUGCAUCUUCCUGGUUGUUGCUAGAUUAUGUACCUGCACCAAUGCUAAAUGUACUUCAGCGUGAAGCUUCUUUUUGUAAGCAUGUUAGUUGUGAUCAUGAUGGGUAGCUCCUUGUAAGUAGUAUAAUAUGGGAUGGGUUUUUGAAGUAAUUCAAAGAUAGGGACAAAUAACUCAAAAGCUGAUUGUUGUGUGGGAUAAAUAGCUUGUAGGCUCUGUCUCACCUUAUGUAUUGCUUUGACUUUUGUUAAAAACAAAUAAUCAGGGAGACUAUGUACGUGUAAAUCUUUGUAUAAAGCAUGUAUACUGCAACAAAAUCUCCAAUACACAUUCUUGUAGUGUAAAGUGCCAAAUUCUUUGUUUGCCACAUAUAUAAAGCGUCAGUUACUAAUGUUUUUAGCUACUAUGUGAUUAGAGAAGAGAAGUAGCACAUCAGCAUAUAAGCUCGCCUUUGAAAGUGGACCAACACAGUGAAAAGAAAAGUAAUGGCUGAUGCAAAAAAAAUCCAAAUUAAACCAUUCUACAUUAGUAUGGCUUGUUAAAGGAAAAACCUAUUUUUACUGCAUUAUUAGGCAGAUCAGCACAAACAUAUACUUCGUAUUUAUUUUGGAAAGAUUGUUAUGUAAAUUUUAAAACAAAUGGAAAAAAUACAUUUUAUUUGGGUCAAGAAAAAGAAAAUAAACAUUUGCUGAGU